AGCACUUUAAGGCCUGAAAACAGAAAACACAUAGUUUUCCUUUCAGCUCAUUGUUCAUAACCCUCCUCCUUCUCUUUGAAUCCCUUCUCACAAACAUUAACGCAAAUGCUUUUGCUGCACUUCUUCAUCCUCUCUUUAUCCUCACUUCCUCCUAAUAAUUUCUAAACCCUAGAAAAAAAGCUUUCUGCUCGGAAAACCAUAACCCAUCUUUACAAAUUUGAUAUCUGUUCUUUUUUUUUCUUUUUUUCUUUUUUUUUUUUUGUUCUUUGCUUUCUCGAUGCAGCCUUGUAGCAGAGAAAUGCCCGGGAUGAACUCUCUCCUAAACCCAUCUUCUCAAAUUUCUCUUCAAGAACUCCAACAGCAACAAUCGCAGAUUCAGAGCUCUCAGAUGCAGCAGCAUCAGAUUCACAACUCCCACUUCGAACCCACUUCCCACGAUGACUUCCUUGAGCAAAUGCUUUCGACGCUCGGACCUUCCUCCUGUUCUUGGGCCGACCUCAAUCCUGCCGUGAACACUAGUAAGGCCGCUCCAUGGGAUACCAUCCCACCACCCCUUAACGGCUCCGCCAAACCCAGAGACUUGUCCGACGAAACCGCUCCAUCAAGCCACGAGAAUGUUGGUUUCCCGUACGACGAGUCGGUCAACUUGGCCUCCAAGUUCAGGAACCAUCAGAUCAGCGGCGGCUCCAAGUCGGCCACAGCCACCGCCGCGAUGCUUCUCCACCACCAAUUGAUGAUGUCGAGGGGAGUCGCCGGCGCUGGGAGCUCUGGUGGUGGGUCGGGAACCGGGGAACCUGGGCUUUUGCAGAUGCCGUUGUCUUUGGGUAACGGAGAAUUUGACCGCUCCCACAACGACGUCGGCGACGGGUCGUCGUUCAAAUCCCCCACUCCGGGAGGUGACGUUUCGGUUCAAACUCUGUACAAUGGGUUCUCUGGAUCACUGCAUGGUGCUGGCCAGGUCCCGAACCAGCCUCCGCAUUUUCAACAUCCUCAGGCAUGUCAGAUGCAGGCGCAGAACUUUGGAGCUCCAGGUCCAGUGAUGACUCAAGUUCCGGCAAGCGCUUCGUCUGGUGGUGCACCCGCUCAGCCCAGACCCAGAGUUAGGGCUAGGAGAGGUCAAGCCACUGACCCUCACAGUAUCGCCGAAAGGCUGCGGAGGGAGAGAAUCGCAGAGAGAAUGAAAGCUCUGCAGGAGCUUGUUCCCAAUGCCAACAAGACAGACAAGGCUUCAAUGCUGGAUGAGAUCAUCGACUACGUAAAAUUCCUCCAGCUCCAAGUCAAGGUUCUGAGCAUGAGCAGGUUGGGCGGUGCAGCUGCUGUAGCUCCCCUUGUGGCUGAUAUAUCCUCCGAGGGAGGCGGAGACUGUAUUCAGGCCAGCGCCAACGGAGGGACAAUGGGACGCAGCACCACCACCUCCAACGGCAACCAAACGGCGUCGUCGAACGACAGCAUGACUGUGACUGAGCACCAAGUGGCCAAGCUCAUGGAGGAAGACAUGGGUUCCGCCAUGCAAUACCUCCAAGGCAAAGGACUUUGCCUUAUGCCCAUUUCCCUCGCCACCGCCAUCUCCACCGCCACGUGUCAUUCCAGGAACCCAAUGAUUAACAACAACAAUCAUCCAACCAACAACCCCACCUUGGCAUCCAACGGUGAUGGGCCCUCCUCCCCCAGUAUGUCUGUUCUCACCGUCCAAUCCGCCACCAUGGGUAACGGUGGGGCCGAUGGCUCUUCCAUCAAAGACGCUGCUUCCGUUUCCAAACCAUGAAUGGUGAAACGGUGUCGGCUUGACCUUUCUUUUAAGUCAAAUGACAAAACAAACCUCAGAAAAUUAUUAAACUUUUAAAAAGAAAAAAAGAAAAAAAGUAACAAGCGGACUCUGGAAGUCCCAAAGCCGUCCAAAGUCUACGCAAAUAAGGCUUGAGAGACACUUUUGACGACGCCGUAUUUGCGUAGACUUUGGAUAAAGCUAACACCUCAACUCAAAACACAUUUCAACUCACCUCAACUACACCGCCAAUACCAACACCUAAUUCUCUAUAAAAUCCUUUUGUAUUUUUCUUUUUGUUUUUUUGUUGUUUUAGGGUUUCUUUUUUUUUUUUUUUUUUUUUUUGAAUUUCAUUUUUUUUUAAUUUCAAUUUGGUUAUGUAAUGAUGCUAUGGGAAGAAUAUGUAAUUUUGCGAUCAUGAUGUUUUUUUAUGGAGUAUUUUAGAGUUUAAUAAUAAUUAC